AUGAGUGUUGAUGAGGAUCAGGACAUAGAUCCCAACACUGAUCUAGAAUUUAUAUCGCCAUUUGCAGCUCCAAGAGAGGGCGUCACAUCGUCAUCGCGACCACCUUCAUUUUUCUCUAAUUUCCAACCACCAAGUGCAUAUUCAUCGAGUUCGUCUGACGACGAAGAAACUAUCGAAGCUGUCCAGCGAAAUUAUCGUCUCCCACUUGAAGUGUGCGAUGAUGACGAUAUGGGUGAUAUAGUUGCCCCGUCAAGUGGCAUUGGUUCCUAUUCGGAUGACGAUGAGGAUGAAGAGAUACUUAUCCGAGAGACUAUUGGAUACUCGGGUGUUUACGGUCCUGACCGGUACGCAAACAGCACAGCCCUGUCCUCCAAUAUUGGUGGCCAGCAUGAUAACAGUGAUGAUGAAGAUGACGGUCUAGUUGAGAUUUUGGUUCCGGGAAGGAGAAUCCCUUCUAACUAA